AUGACGACGUACCUUCGCGAACUCAUCGAGGCGUCUCAUACAUACUCCGAGCAGAUCAACAACCAACUCCGUAAGCAGUCUGACUACUUCAAAGCCCUGGACCAACUAUGUGCAGGCGACAAGGAUCUGACCGAGUUGCUCGCCGACCAUACGGCGGAUCUUGUCGGUAACAAGAUGCAAAUCAGCCUCGCGUACUUCAGAGACAAGCGACUCCCACAUCGCGGUCGAGCGCUGUACCCAAGUGAGGAGGACCACCCGAGGAAUAUGGUCCAUGUUCGACUGUGUUCCCUGACAGGAGCAGAGUGGGACAGCAGCAUUGAGAGGUCCAAGACCGAGUUCCAGGAUAUUUCUGAUUCCAAUACCAGUUCGGCUCUUCAAGCCAGGCAGGCUGCUCCAGAGACUGAGUCCGCUCGAGUGAGGGAACGCAUCGCCAAGGCUAAGGCCUUGAAAGGCAUCCAAGCCCGUCGUGCUAAGGACAAGGCAAACGAAGAACAGCAGAAGCUUUCCAUCGCCAAGGCCAUGGCUAUGAACGCCACCCAAGCGCAUCGUGCUAAAAAGGGGACAGAGCGAGAACAGCAGAAGCUCGAAUCCAUCAAGGAAAUCCAAGCGCGUGGUGCUGAGAGCACGACAGAGGAAGAACAGCAGAAGCCUGAGGCUAUGGAUGAAACCCAAACAUAUGGUGCCGAGAACACGACAGAAGGAGACCAGGAGGAAGCUGAGGCCGAGCACGAAUACUGGGCUCGCGUAAGAACCCUCCCGAGGUCAUCGCUUAAGCAUCUAUCAGUUCCACAUCUCGCCAACAGCGCUGGCUCUGAUGACGUCUACCGGCCAAAUGAGUGGCGGCAUGACCGCUGGUUCGAUUCGUUGGCAGAAGGAUCGGACGAAGGUUCCGACAGUGAGGAUGAAGAAGACGUCGAGGUCCACGGCGGAAAGGAGACAUACUUUGAAAUCCACAAGGGACUGUUCGACAGAGGCGAUCAACCUGGUCUCGAUUACGAGCUGGCAGCUGGACCUCGUCCUCGCAUCCAAAGCGAACACGAUGAAGACUUCUGGGCGUUGAGGAGAACCAGCAGUUGGGCCACGGACGACCUGAAGACCGGAUGA